AGCUCGCGAGCCGGCAGGCGGGCGAGGAGCGUCUCCUCCAGCAUCUGCCGCGGCCGCGUUUGCCCGGAGACUGACCGACGGACAGAUCGUCUGGCGGACGGGCUUGGGAGCUCGCCUUGUGCUCGGGGCCAGCUCCAGCGAAGCUCGGGGCUUGCAGCACGCGCUUCCCCGCCCGCUCGCGGCCACCCCGGCUCCGGCGGCCUCGGCGCGCGAGGGGCUGGAGGUGCGGGAGCCGCUCUCCGCAGGUCGGUCCCUGCGCUGCUCAGCCCCGGCCGCUGCGCUGCGCCGCGGCCCCCGAGCGGCGUCCCUGAGCCCCAGCUCCCCAACGUGCUGCUCCGAGCAACGGUGCUCCGGGGCUCCAAACUCGGGCUGCCGGGGCAAGUGUCUUCAUGAACCCAGAGGAUGUCCGGGAAGCAUUACAAGGGUCCUGAAGUCAGUUGUUGCAUCAAAUAUUUCAUAUUUGGCUUCAAUGUCAUAUUUUGGUUUUUGGGAAUAGCAUUUCUUGGAAUUGGACUGUGGGCGUGGAAUGAAAAAGGAGUUCUGUCCAACAUCUCUUCCAUCACCGAUCUUGGCGGCUUUGACCCAGUUUGGCUCUUCCUCGUGGUAGGAGGAGUGAUGUUCAUUCUGGGAUUUGCUGGGUGCAUUGGAGCUCUACGGGAAAACACUUUCCUUCUCAAGUUUUUUUCUGUAUUCCUGGGAAUUAUUUUCUUCCUGGAGCUCACUGCCGGGGUUCUGGCAUUUGUUUUCAAAGACUGGAUCAAAGACCAGCUGUAUUUCUUUAUAAACAACAACAUCAGAGCGUACAGGGAUGACAUUGAUUUGCAAAACCUCAUAGACUUCACCCAGGAAUAUUGGCAGUGCUGUGGGGCUUUUGGAGCUGAUGAUUGGAACCUAAAUAUUUACUUCAAUUGCACAGAUUCCAAUGCAAGUCGAGAGCGAUGCGGCGUGCCCUUCUCCUGCUGUACUAAAGACCCCGCGGAAGAUGUCAUCAACACUCAGUGUGGCUAUGAUGCCAGGCAAAAACCAGAAGUCGAUCAGCAGAUUGUAAUCUACACGAAAGGCUGUGUGCCCCAGUUUGAGAAGUGGUUGCAGGACAACUUAACCAUUGUGGCUGGUAUUUUCAUAGGCAUUGCAUUGCUACAGAUUUUUGGGAUCUGCCUGGCCCAGAACCUGGUGAGUGAUAUUGAAGCUGUCAGGGCUAGCUGGUAGAGCGCCUGCAACAGCUGCCUCCAGACACUGGACAGACCCCGCCUUCCUGACCCUCCAUGCGCCCUACUGAUACCCAUGCUGCACGGACCCUAAUCACAGAGGCAUCCUGCGAUCCCACCUGAUGGAGCUGCCAUCAGAACUUAGUUUUUGGGGGGUAGAACUGGGAAAUGCUGCUCACUGACAGAAUUAAAAAAAAAAAAAUUAA